AUGCCGACUGUGCUUCCAAUACUCAAGUCCUCAUUUGCGUCUCCCAACCUCCAACAGAGAGACAAUCCUGACAAUUCUGCUCCUGAAAAUGGCCAUGAUUCGAGGUUUCAACAAGAUCGUUGUCUUGAGGUCCCCCUUUCGUCUUCCCUCAAAAGUAUUUCCCAACCAUGGCGCUCUAUCAUCGAUGCCUCGAAAAGCGGCGCACUGUUGGGAUGGCUGUCAGGCUGGCUUGCGGCUGCACCGUCCAGCAAUGCAGAGACUCCAACAUACGCGCUGUACAGAGCCGCGAUCGUGCAGGUAAGUAAAGAAAUACAGGUCGUGGCGAAAAACCCGGCCCAAGCGAGCGUGAAGGCAAAUGCCAUGACGCCAAGGCAUCACCGCCUCAAGGACGGGUCGUCGGUAUUUCCUGGAGUUGUGGCGACCCGGUGGCAUGAUCGCUCAGAAGAACCAGGCGAUGAAGUAGCUGGAGAUGAAGAUGGUUAUGAAACUCAGGGCGAUCAGGAAGCAGCGCAGAAUGACCUUCGCCAUGGACAAGAUGACCUCGGCUUCCUUUUGGUAAGACGAGUAAUUCCAAAGAUUGGCAAGGAAGACUCAGCACUCGGUGCUAGCCUCCAAAUCUUUGCUGCUUUCGCGUUCCAGCAACCCAUCUUCCAGUUCAUGCGACCCAGUCGCACGGUCCGAGGCAGGCGAGUCUUCGACAUCCCGCUUACCCACACGCCUUUCAACAGCCGCAUAACCCUUCCAAGUGCCCCGGACGAUCGCAACUGCAAGGAGAAGCCAAAGCCAUGA